AUGGCUUCACUGGACCGAUACAAGGGCCUCAAAGAUGUACAGGGCGGAGAGGCUGCAACUAGUGCGCGUGCAAUUACUCCUGAAUACCUUGGUCGUAUGUAUGAUUACAAUCGUAAACCCGAAAACUGGAUUAUCCGGCCUUAUGAACCCUCGAAACGCAGCAAAGACCAGGAAAAUGAGCAGUGGGGCGGUCCACGAUUCCGUCGCGAGCUCCAUCUUGCCUAUACAUUAGCCUUUGCAUGUUUAUUGCGUGUUGAUGAAGUACUCAAAAUCCAGGCACACGAGAUUAGGAUUGUUCCAGAAAACCCAAAAUGCCUUGAGGUAACUCUACCAUUCCGGAAAACCAACCAAUUUGGAACAGAAGUUCAGCCGUUCUAUCUGCACGCUCUUCCAUCCUCCCUCAAGCAUCUAUGUCCUGUUCGGGCUUAUGCUGACUGGAUCAAUCUCACCAAAAUCACUGAAGGAUACAUUUUCAGGAAGAUUGGAUCUGGGGACCGCAUAUCAGCUAAUCCAAAUGCCCAAUUAGUAGGUCACUGUCGCAACUGA